AUGGAUGUGCGGUCGAAGAAUCGUCGGGUCAGCAUGCUCAGCGCGACGCGGAAGAACUUCGCCGAGGUGGAGCGCAUCGUACGGUCGCUGACAGCGGAUAGGUUAGCGGCCGCCAGGGCGGAGCUGGAGACGUCGGGCAAGACUACCGACGAUGGCGUCAAGGAGCUUCUAAGAUGCCUUUCGCUGUACGGCUAUCGGCAGCCCAUGUCGAGGGAGCUCCGUCUGAGCAUGCGGCGCAAGAUCCAGUCACUCAUCUUAUGUCGUGGCGUGCCUGCAAUCUGGUUCACGCUCAACCCGAACGACAUCACGAACCCGGGCAACGUGCAUCUAAGCUCGAUGCUUGCCGAUAUCGACGGCGAGGAUCAAGCGGCAUACCGAGAACGCAUCGUCAGAUACGUCGACAGUGUCUUUCCGAGACAGGAUCUGGACCAGGAAGGCUUCUGCGCAAUGCAGGCCGAGCGAUCGCCCGACCUGCGUCAAGUACUCGCUGGGCAAAAGGGGCGCAAGGGCGAUUUAUGUCGUUUCAAGGCGCCGUGGGGACUGGUCGACGAGACGGCCUUCACGGGAGACGGCGUGCUGCGGAUUCGGAGGUCGCACAGCAUGGUGAAUCGGUGGAACAAGGCCAUUGCCGUGGGGCUUCGCCACAACCAUGACAUAUCUUUCAUCGUCACACAGCGUAAGACGAUGGCCCUCAUCUUUUACGUCACAAACUAUGCGACCAAGGUGGAGGACCCUGUAUGGAAGCGCGUCGCCGCCGCCGCGGAUCUCUUGCCUCCCAGGGCAGGUGACGGAAUGGCCGACGGCGCGGAGGUUCGUGGAGACAGUGGUGCCGGUGACGAUGGCAGGCAGAAUAAGACACGGCAGUUCCUGAUGAAGGUGGCGAAUCGCGUGUUUACGGAGAGGCCGUUAUCUGCUUGGGCGUUCCUGAACGUGCUCAGGCGACCGGGCAAGCAGGCCACGGUCUGCCUCGACGGGUAUUUGAGCAAGGAUUUCGACGAAGACGACGAAGGGUCGUGCUACCGAAGAGCGGCUGUGCAGCAUCUUGCGCUGUUCGUGCCGUGGACCCUGGCCCCGAGGAUAUCAUGUUUCGUCGAUAACGUGCAGUUGCUGCGACGGUCGGCCGAAGAUGCAAAGCGGGACGCACGGCAGUGGGCGGCCUCGUCCGGUGACGGCGACCCCACGGCAGUACGUCCGGACGAGGACGGCACCGGGGAGGUGGGUGUCGAGCCCGGAUCGGGAUACCAGGCCGACAGUGCGGGAAGCACGAAUCGCCUAAUCGACGUUGUCAGAAGCUCGAUCGGGCCGAACCAAAUCACGGCCGGCUCGCCGGAGCUCACGGCGAUGAUGCAGGAGCUCAGCCGAUUUCAGCAAUCGGCGCUGUCCUCUUCUUCCGAGGUCCAGGCCACAAUACUACCCGAACGGGGCCCAAGACGAAUCAACAUCCCGGGCGGGCAUUCUCCGGAGCCACCAUACCGCCGCAAAGUGAGCAACGUACGCCAGCUGUGCCAGUUCGUCGGUGGAGAGGGCGGAACGGGCAAGUCACGAGUCAUCGAGGCGCUCGUCGAGCUCUUCGCGUCCAAGGAUCAAUCGAAUCGUCUGAUGAUAACGGCGACGUCGGGGACGGCAGCAGCGCGGAUCAACGGCAUUACGAUCCACUCCGCCUGCGGGUUCUCGAAAGAUCUCGCGGCAGCCGCAAACGCGGCCAAGGAUCUCGACGGGGUGCGACUGCCGAAACAGGCGGAGCGCACCGCCGUCUCGUGGGACGUAGACAGCUCCUUCAAGGCCGAGACACGGCACCAGCACGACAAGGCGCACGCGUUGUGGAAGAGAUUCACGACCACGGUCAUGCUGGACGAGCAGGACCGCUCGGAUCUGGACCUCCUCAACUCAAGAUGCUACCGGGAAGGCAGGCGGAUCCCGUGGGAGACGUGCAUCACCGUGGUGACGCCGCUGAACAGGAACCGGUGGAACCUCAACAUGGAGGCCAGCUUGGCGUUCCGGGCCCAGCAGCGGUCAGUGAUGCGCAUCUUCAUCUCGGAUCAUACGUGGAAGGAGGCCCUGCCGACGGAGGAAGAGGCCAUCAUGAUGCUGAACCAGGGCGACGACAGCGCGAUCCCGGUGCCGGCCGUCUUCAUGUUCGUGCCGGGGAUGCCGGUCGUCGUGAACCAUAACACCCAUCAGGGGCUAAAGCUGGUGAACGGCGCCGGCUACACGGCGCUGGAGGUCGUCCUCGACAAGUCGUACCCGGGGCAUCGUAUCACGGCAGACACGACGGUCCAUUUCGGGCCGCCGGCGGGGAUAAUGCUGGAGUCGGAGACGACGAACGACGUUCACUUCUGCCAGCGAAAGAGGCCGUGGCAGCAGAACGACGUCAGCCGAAAGGGCCUGCCCUGUACGGCAGCCUUCGCGUGCACAGACUAUAAAGUGCAGGGCAGGACGCUCGAGCGUGUAGCUCUGGAGCUGCGGGGAACGCGGACGUCAAACAUCGACGGACGCGCCGUGUCCUCGCAGUGCGACCCGUACAGCCUGUACGUGCAGCUGUCUCGCUGCCCGACGCUGGACGGCAUUAUGCUGGUCUCGAAAUUGCGGGAGAGGGACCUGGUGGGCAACAAGGUGCCAGACGAGAUGACAGACGCAGAAGCGAGGCUGGGCCAGCUGAGCGACAAGACUGUCCGCGAGGCCUCGGGAUGGCUAGACGUUGAUUCCCUGGACUCUAAAGGCACGGGCCUGGACGUGUAG